AUGCUCCACAAGGUGUUAUUCAGGGCUGCUACGAGGAGCGUCCAGUCCUCCAGACUGUAUGCUACCAAGCCCACGGUGGACCUCUCGAAGUUGACGCAACGGGAGAUUCAACAGCUUCGAGCUUGGAAGUUCCAAGAAGACAGGAAAUUCAAAGAUCGCACAGCAGCAUACUAUUUCACUAGCAUAGCGGUGGUUUUCCUAGGACUAGCGUAUGCGGCAGUGCCCUUUUACCGGGCGAUCUGUGCGCGCACGGGCUGGGGCGGCGUACCCAUCACAGAUAGACGUAAAUUCACAGACGACAAGCUGAUCCCCAUAGACAGCGACAAAAGAAUCAGGGUGUCAUUCACGAGCGAAGUGUCUCAGAUUUUACCUUGGAAAUUCACGCCAGAACAGCGGGAAGUGCGCGUUUUACCAGGAGAGACGGCCCUGGCGUUUUACAAAGCCAAGAACACUAGCGACAAAGAUAUCAUUGGCAUGGCUACCUACAGUAUUACUCCCGGAGAUGCGUCGCCGUAUUUCAACAAAAUUCAGUGCUUCUGUUUCGAAGAGCAGAGGCUUGCGGCUGGUGAAGAGAUCGACAUGCCCGUUUUCUUUUUCAUAGAUCCUGAUUUUGCCAGCGAUCCCAAAAUGCGCAACAUUGAUGAUAUUGUGCUUCAUUACACGUUCUUUAGGGCUCACUACGCCAACAAAGGUGCUGUGAGUGAAAGUUCCAGUCCGCAAGUCAUGGAUGAUAGCACGGCCACCGAGCUUCAUACCACAGCAUAG